AUGAAGAAUAAGGUAAUUCCACAAGGUGAGGAUAAUACUCAUCAACAAACACCUUCAUCAUCCACUUCAUCAACAACACGAAUGGCACUCCCAAACAAAACCUCCUCUAAUAGCAGUAUUGUUGUUGGGGGAGUGUCUCCUGUUGCCACAUCUCCAGUAAUGACCACCACCAACACCAACAACAAAACGACAAAACAAGAUUCUUCCCAAUCAUUCUCUAUACAGGCAAGUGGGAAGGAGAGUGGUAAGGAUUUAAAGGCCAGUUAUCAAAGUUAUCAUUUUCAUCCUAAUCAUGAGGAUGAAAACGCCUCAACCACCUCACAUAUGAUGGAAAUAGCCUAUGGUGGAGGAAUGUGUUUCAGAUCAAUAAGUUGCUGUUUGGUGGGGAUUAUAUCUUCGUUGGUGAUAUUGUCGGUAGUUACAUUGACUAGUAUUUGGAUAUCAACUACUGUUCCAACAUUAGCUGUGAUGAGUUCGCAAUUGAGAGUUGAGCAAUUUUCAACAGUUGUAAAUAAUAUUAAUCAAACGAUACAGAAUUUGGUCAUUGUAUCUGAAACAACGAAAAGACUGUUAACAGAAGAUUUUAAUUUUUCAGAUCCCUCCCUCAUUGAAAAGACAAUGUAUAAUUUGUAUAAGAGUGAAAUGGCUCUAGGGCGAUCUGAAAUUACAAUAACGCUGUAUAUUGGUGAUACAGUGGGAAAUUGUUGGGGGAUUUAUAGAUCUGGUGAUUCUGUCUUUUAUCUAGAUGUGAACAAACAACAGGGGCAGAAAAUGUACCUUUGUGAAGAUGUACAACACUCGGAUUAUUGCAAGAGAAAUCUUGUGAAUGCAACUGUUGAACUGCCACCAUUUGAUCUUUCUCCAUUGGUCACACAUUCUCAUGAGCAUAGUGGAAGACCGUCAUUUUCAUUGAGUUAUGUAGAUUCGACAGUACCUAGUGUGACUUUCCUUACACUCCUUAACACUUUCAAUUCAUCAAGAGUGAGCAAUUUCAAUUUCAAUUAUUAUUUUGGUUAUGAUGUGACUUCAGCUUCAAUUUCUUCUUUUCUAGAGAAACAAACCAAAUCUGUUGAUGGAUCAGUUGCGUUUGUAAUUGAAACUAAAACAGAAUUCUUGAUAGCAUGUAGUGAUACUGCCCAUCCCCUUGUUGAAGUUAAUGAAUCAAAUGGAGAGGUGAUCAGAAAAACUGGAUUAACUUUUGCAGAUGAAUUAACAUUCAAAAUCGCUCAAUUCAUGUAUCAUAGUGUAAAUAAUAAUCUGAGCUCCCUAACUUGCGGAAAGGUUCUGUUGGCAGAGGGAUCGUUGUACUAUAUCAAUGCUAUGAGAGUUUGUUCAGAACAGGAUUUGGACUGGAUUAUCGUUUGGGCAACACCUCAGAAUAGAUAUACUCAGAGUACAGUAAUUGCAUUGACAGUGUCUGGAAUUUCAAGUAUUAUCAUUAUCAGUGUUGCUCUCAUUGUUGGAUUUUUAGCAUCCAAGUCAAUUGUAAAACCAUUUCACAAAUUUAUGCAGGCAGCAGAAUCAAUAUCAAAUAUGGAAUUGGAAUCCUUUUCAUUCUCAGAUACUCGUAUUAUUGAAGUGGAAAAGCUGCAAAAAAUGUUUGUCAUGUUGGCAAAUCGAUUGAAAACCUACAGAAGUUUCCUACCUUCUAACGUCUUACUUGAAAUUGAUAAUGGUGGAAAGGAUAUUAAUGCCAAUUCAAGUUAUCACACCAAAGAAUCUCAUUUGGGAUCAUUCCUAGUUGGAGGACAUAGUAGAGGUUCAAGUUCUUUCAGCUUUAAGAAGAACAAACUGGCUUUAAGAUUGGAAAAGAGACAAGUGACAAUGUGUGGAAUUUAUAUUGAAGGAUUUGAUUAUUGCAUACAUCAUUUGGAUUAUCACGAUAUUAUUAUCAUGUUGAGUGAUUUAUUUGACUCGAUUCAUAAAACUAGUCUGACUUCAGCUGCAGAAGUUGGACAAUUCGAUAACGAGCUCAUCACUUUGGCCUGGAACUCCCUGGCUGAUCAACCAAACCACAUCUUUAGAGGAAUUUCAAAUUGUCACAUUCUUAGAGAUAAACUCUUGAAAUCCCUUGAAAAAUGGAAUGCCAGAGAAGAUAUUGAUCAAGCUCUCAAUAUUCGAAUGUCGCUCCACACUCAAGAAUCAAUUGUUGGAAAUAUAGGUACGAGAGAAGCAAAGAGUCAUGCCUCCAUAGGAAGUUGCCAUGCCAACAUGAAGAAACUUUCCAAAACUUGUUCCAGCUUCUCAAUUUCACUUCUGGUAACUGAACCAAUUCACAAGGAAUCUUCCGAAUCAUUCCUUACAAGAUAUAUCGACACUAUUCGAUUGUUCCGUCAAAAUGACUGCAGUAUUAAUAUGAGUGAGGAAAAAACAGAAGAUGUUGCAGUGUACGAAAUUGGAAAUAGAAAUGAUGUUAAAAUGGAUGAAUGGAUGUAUGAAUUGAAGGAAAGGGGAGAGAAAACCAAAUGGGAUCGAUACAUUCUAGGAUGUCAAUAUUUCCACAAUGAAGAUUACAAAGAAGCUUUCGAAUUUUUCGAAGAUUAUGAAACAAUUUUCGAGGAAAGAUAUGGUCGCUCUGAUUUACCAACUCUAAAUCUAAUGGCCAAGUGUAAAUUGCAUUUAUAA